AUAAAUCUGUGGUGCCGGGUUUCUGUAUGUAGGUAAUCAGGAGUUUCUGAAGAGCUCUGUCCAACAUGGCUGCCCGAAUCAUCUCCACUCUGGCUUUUCUCAGCCUUCUGACUUUUAUUCAGGCUGCUGACCCAAACUGUGAGGAUCUCACAAAGCCGCUGGUGCUGGAGGACGACUACAGUUCAAUCAUGGGGAAGUGGAUCUUUACAGAAGGAAUCGCUAAUCAUGAGCUGUUCAAAAACAUGUUAAAAAUAGUUAACAGCUCCUGGUUGGAGUUUGCCCCCAGUUCCCUGAAAGAUACAAUUAUUUUCAAACAAGGGAACAAGCGAUAUGGAAUAUGUUUUUUGGAGAACAUCAACGCAACUGUAAAAAACAGCACCUUUUUUGCUUCUGAUAAACACAGUGCAUCAGAGGGCACUUUCCUGCCAUCUUGUCCUGAAUGCCUCACUAUAAGCUUCACCCAUCAGGCUAGAAAUGAGUCCAUAAACUCCCUCUUUCUCUUAACAAAAAGUCCCAAAGUGUCCGAAUCUGAGAAGGAUCUGUACUGGAAACAAGCUGUAUGUCUCGGAUUUAAAAAAGAACCUCAGUUCUCCUAUGAUGGAGUAACAGAACUCUGUAAAGAUGAUCAGAUCAGUUCACCUACAGAACAGACUAAACCUGAGGACAAAAAGGAGGACUGAAAGUAAAGCCGAUUCUCCCAGUGAUUCAUUUUGUACUGGUUAAUAUGGUGUAUUCAGCUCUGUGGAGUUAGAGUGUUCUUUGACCUAAUGAAAUGGAAGACCUGCAGCAUAAUAAACAUUGAAUACAGAUCAGUUGGGUUUAAUGA